AUGGCUACGGUAAAGGCAGGCCCCCGUGUAGCCGAAACUGAGGCGCCAAAGCGCACCUCCACACCGGAGGAGCCAAAGUAUGAGGCACUCUACUACGACCAACCGCCUCUGCCUCUUCCGCCGGCCGCAGUAGUGCAUCAUCGUAGACGCCUCUUCUGGUGGGCAGUCCGAUAUGCCGCUGUGGUUGUGGUCGUUUUUGUGGGGUUGCUCAUUCCCCUGAUUGUGUUCGCUAGCGACGCCUUCCCCGACGAAAAUGCGACGCCCGAGGCGAUCCAGGCGAGUCAGUACGGAAAUCUUGUCUUCUUCAUAUGUCUUUGGUUAGAAGUUACCUGGAUAGCGGCCGUUUUCUUUGACCUAUUCGGACUUGGCCUGCCGUACCUCUUUCGUUUCAUCGCCAGAUAUGUCAACUCUUCUCAUCAACGCUACUGGCGUAUUUUCAAAUUCAUGCGCCGGCCUAUCUGUUUCCUAUUUACAACUAUAAUCACGUUUUCUUGCUUUACAGUGUUCAUUAACUACAACUCUGACCUCGCAGUAAACAUCAACAAAGGCCCGGACGAUAUUGGCUGGGACGACGUGAUCGAAGAUAUACUAGAACAAUUGCAGCUAUGGGUAGUAUUUUACUUUGUCGAGAAAAUACUCAUCUGCUAUCUAGCGGUACACUACCAUUAUCGGCGGUCGAACGUUGGCCUGACUCGAACCAAGGAUGUGCACAAUGCACUCAUCACGCUUUACGAGGCCUCGUUAUACCUUCACCCAGUCAACGGAAGCGCCUUCGCCGAGGAAGACAUGAUCAUUCGAAACGCAAAGGGCGAUGUGCAGGCCUCGGCCCGCAUGCGCGUGUCAAGCUACUUAGCUAGGCUGGGUAUUGACGGUUAUAGCAUCAUGUCACUCUUCGGCAACUUCAUCUCAGACGCUCCGGAAGCCCAUUGGCUACGACCAGGAUCAUCGUUCUCUGUCAUUGACCGCGCCUGGGCGAACCCGACCUCUGCUAGGGCACUGGCGAGGCGAGUCUGGUUGUCGCUCGUCGCAAGUGGUAAUACCGCGCUGACGGAGUCCGAUAUUGCCGAGGUCCUCGGCCCAGACAGAGAGAAGGAAGCGGCAGAGAUUUUUAAUACCCUCGACGAGAAUGACAGCGGCGACAUCCAGAUGGAGGAGUUCGUCGGUAUUGUGACAGAGGCCGGAAAGACGCGUCACAACGUCUAUCGAACGAUUGCUGAUAUGGACCAUUGCAUUAAUACCUUUGACUGGCUUUGCUUGAUAAUCAUUGCCGUCGUCAUGAUUUUCUUCAUCGCUGUGCGAUACGUCCCCGCCCUCAAGCAAAUUCAGAGCAUCCUUUCGUCCCUCGCUAUUGGCCUGUCGUUUGCCGUAGGCCGCACAUUCAACCAUCUCCUAACGGGUAUUAUUUUCGUCUUCUUCGACCACCCAUUUGAUGCAGGGGACGUCGUGAGCAUCUCGGCUCCGGGUGGCGCAACCGGCUCGACAUACGCCGUCAAGAGACAGUCGCUGCUCUACACUGUCUUCCGCCGACUCGACAAUAACUCAGAGCUACAAAUCGCAAAUGAUCAGCUUUACCAAAAGGGUAUUGACAACUACACACGAUCCGGCAUCAAUCGCCAGUCGCUGAGCAUGUUUGUCGACUUCCGCACGAGCUUCAAAGAUCUUGCCAAGCUCCGGACGAUCCUCGACAAAUUUCUGUUCGAUAAUCCUCGUGACUACGUUCCGGGAAGUCUGGCACUCAACGUCACGUCACUCCACGAGUUGAAUAAAAUGGAACUAAGGCUGGGAUUCACUCACCGCAACAACUGGUCGGACGACAAGCUGCGGUCGCAGCGAAGCAAUAAGUUCCAUUGUGCCCUAAUAUCCGCGUGCCGCGCGGUUCCUCUGUAUAGACCAGGGAAAAUGCUGCCGUCUGCUGGAGACAACGGCAACCCAGUUUAUACGGUGCAGCUAAACACCACGACAGAGUUGGCUGAGAACAUCCAGAAAGAAAAGGAUCGUCGACAGGGACUUCGAUGGGACUUUGAGAAGCCAGAGGCGAAAGAGAAGAACGAGGAGGAAGCGGCAGCAGAGAGCCAUUCGGAGACCAAACCGACUGCUAGCCCGCAGGAGUUGGAAGAGGAGGCGUUUAGGGCUAUGACUCGCACGACGCCGCCAAAGAAGUCAGAGGAUAUAAGUGCCGAUGUGGAGACCUCAAGAGCCGUAACCGGCUUUCGGGUACCAUUGAGCCAAGGAAUUUUCCCGUAG